GAUUGUUUUACGGUGUCAAAUUUCCGCAGUGAGUGAAUCACUGGAAACUGUAAGAGUGGAAUUCAUAAAAAAAAUUGAGAAAUUUUGACUUCGUAAAAUGCAGAACCCAAACGAGGAUACAGAAUGGAACGAUGUUCUAAGAGCCAAGGGAAUCUUACCUCCGAAGGAGAAGGAAGUGUCUGAAGAGGAGAUCGUUAAUAUGAUAGAACAGACAAUACAACAGAAACAGGCUGAAAAGGAACAGAAAUUAUCAGAAUUGGAUUUAGAUGGUCUUGAUGAGCUAGAAGACUCUGAAGACGAAGCUGUUAUCGAAGAGUACAGGAGGAAGAGAAUAGCAGAGUUGAAGAGACUGGCAGAGAAGCCUCGAUUCGGAGAUGUUAGAGAAGUUUCUGGGCAGGAUUAUGUGCAAGAAGUGAAUAAGGCUGGAGAAAACAUAUGGGUCAUAAUUCACUUGUAUAAACAAGGUAUCCAACAGUGUGCCUUACUGAAUCAGCAUAUGAAACAGCUGGCUGCAAAGUUUCCUUACACAAAAUUUCUGAAAGCUAUAGCACAAACCUGUAUACCAAACUAUCCCGAGAGGAAUCUGCCCAGUGUGUUUGUUUACUUUGAAGGAGAACUAAAGAAACAGUUUAUUGGCCCUCAUGAAUUAAGAGGAACAGCUCUCACAUGUGACGAGUUUGAAUAUAUGCUUGGGCAAGUUGAAGCUGUAGACACAAAAAUUAAGGAUGAUCCCAAACCAAAGAUUAAGGACAAACUGUUUGCAGAUCUAGGCACCAAUGAUUGGUGAUAAGUGAUGUUAACAAACUGUUGUGUGAAUGGACAGUGUUUUCUAUGCUUUUGGAGUGCGGGUUCUUCCUCAGAUUAAGAUGCACA